AUGCUGACGCUCAGUUGUAAUACAAGAAAGUUAUUCCACGGAUAUACCCUCACCACUGAGCCACCUCCAUUUACUCCGAGUAAAUCUUUACGCACUGGUGCCUGUAGUGCCUACGCCCACACUUCAGACGUAGAGGGAACGGCACAAACCUUUCGCAGUUUUAGGACAGAUUACCUGCAGGAAUGGCCAACACCAGAACCAGGACCAUACUUCGACACAACUGUGCAGUCAAACUACACGGCUCUCGUCGGCAAAACUGCCCAUUUGCACUGUAUAGUACGGAAUCUCGGCAAUCAAACCGUGUCUUGGAUAAGACAUCGUGACACCCAUCUAUUAACGGCGGGCCGUUACACCUACACUAGUGACCAAAGAUUCGAGGCACUGCACGCACCACACAGUGACGAAUGGACCUUGAGAGUAAGAUUCGCUCAAAGCAGGGAUAGUGGUACCUACGAGUGUCAAAUAUCAACUUCACCACCGAUUGGACACCUCCUUCACCUAACAGUUAUUGAGCCGAUUACCGAGAUUGCCGGCGGAGAGGAACUCUUUAUCGACAAGGGCAGCACCAUCAAUCUCACGUGUCUCGUGCGAAACUCGCCUGAACCGCCUGCUGCUAUGAUUUGGAACCACAAUUCUCGGGCAAUCAAUUUUGAUUCGCCAAGAGGUGGUAUCAGUCUGGUUACGGAAAAGGGUCCUAUAACGACGAGUCGAUUACUCAUACAAAAGGCCAUCCAGGAGGACUCGGGUAUGUACACAUGUGCACCCAGCAACGCCCAUGCAAAGAACAUUAGGGUUCACAUACUAAACGAAGAACACCCAGCAGCAAUGCAUCACGGAGCCGGUGACCGAAUGGCAGGCAGACUCCUGCCCGUCGUCCUUCUGCUCAGGCUACUGUUCUAGCUGGUGUAAAGGGCGACCACAGCGGAGACAACAAGGACCCACUGCCGUCGACUUCAUCUCCCUCGUCAUUACGUCUUGACAAUGCGUGCGCACGUCCCACGGAUAAGUGCAUCUCAUAUUCGAAGAGCAAAAACGUUUGUCUUUAAACACAUCUACGAGCACUUAAUUAUAUCGGAAAGGGAAAAUAACGAGCUUUCGUGUCAAAGGCUCGACUUUACCGCUAAAAGCGAGAGACCUUGGCUAAUCUUGCCCAAAAUUAAGCGUAGAAUUUUAGGGAUAUGAGGCCUGCCCUCGCGAGUCUUUACAAGCGUGGGAGUGUCAUUGAGUUUUCGAAUACCGUGGUUUACGUGCAUUUCGUAAUAACGGGUAUUCGUGUGAUGAUGUAAAUUUCUGGAGAACGGUUUUUUUUUUUUGAAAACAACAGUGAACAUGUUAGUUCUUGGGAACACAAGGUAUGUUACUCAUUUUCGUAUUCACGUCAUAGACUCGACAAAAUUCCGCCAUGUAACGUCAGCAAGACACGUUCAAGGAGCCCCAGGAAAAAUGUGAAACCCAUGGUUCGUGGCACACGAUGAACACGUUUAUCCCCUGUACCGCUAGUACAAUAGAAAUAUUUUAUAACAAAAAAACUUGUAAAUCCGUAUCCACGAGUACUUAAAGUAUACCGAGGCCAAAAAAAAAGGAUCCAAAACUCAGCAAGCCAUGUAAAUUUGAACCGGUACACGUCAGGCUUUUCCCACACGCUUUUGCAUAAGGAGCCUAUAGUUCUUGUAUCCAUCGUACAUCACCAACUCGCGUAAAAGAAGUACACAACGGAAGGAUAAGUUAGAAUAGGAAGACGAACAUAAUGCAGCAACCUUGUACGUACAUACUCCUUUUUUCCCCUUCUGGAGCGCGAACCCCACUCCCAGCGGGCUCCUGACUUACAAACCAGUUAUUUUCCUCGGCUCGAGCGGGGAAAUUUUACGCUUCACAUUCACGCACCCCCCCCCCCCAAACCAGCGACACACCCUAGUGCGCAUGCAUAGAAAAACAAUCGAAAGCCUAAGGGGUGUGCAAGCAAAGCAUCUCAGGCGAAAGUUUUUUUUACAUUAGGGAAUACACGCGUGUGUGAGUGUGCGCAGACAAGGGCGUGUACAUGCGCUACGUGUCUGCGAAAGAAAGUACUUUUAUCUUUUGUGUGUACUUGCAGUUUCGGCUGGAUGAAGAUAUGCAGGUGAGCUAUGGGAAUAAAAAAAUGUAAGUAUCCCGAGCACAAAGUAGAAUAUAUAUCUCUGUCUGGCUGUAUCUCGCUGUUGUAUGGACGUAUGUUGUACCCAUCUUCAAUGCACUGUUAAAAUAUGAGGAUCUUUUCGUUCUACUCAUUUUUUUCCUUAAUUUUACGAGCCCAUUGGAGUGAUUGUAGAGGAAUGUAGUAUUUCGCGUGAAUCUACUUAAUUUUUGUCUUGAAACUGACAUGGGUUACUUUAAUAAUUGUUUUCCAUUUAGUAGAUUGAGAUACCAUUUAAUACAAUAUGGAAGAAAUUUCUUAUGCUCAUCUUUACAGCUCCAGUAACUUCAGGUACAAAACUCAUUGUAAUAAUUUUUAUUAUGAACUACUUGUUUUACAGCUUUGAUUUUUUAAGGAUUAAUUUAAUGCUUACAUUGUGAUGAGGAAAAGUCUAACUACUGGAAUAUAUUGAGUAGAAAAUACUUUGUAUGUGUGUGUGUGUGUGUGUGUGUGUGUGUGUGUGUACGUGCGUGCGUGUGUAAAAGUGGGAAAAAGUGUAGGGAUAACAGAGAUUUUGUCAAACAAGCGAUUAUCGACACCAAAAUUGUACAUAAACACCUAUCUGUAAAUAAGAUACUAUAAGAAUACCCCUAGGAUAAUCAUGUAUGUAAAAAUCUUACGGAUAACAAAACUGAAAAAAUUAUUCGUUACCAGAUAACGGCUGGUGUGAAAAGUUUACUGUCACUCAAUAAUGCGCUCAGUAGACUUUGUGGAUUCAACGACGAUUUAAUGAUUUGUAAAUACUAAACU